CAUCGGUCAAUGCUCGGCCGGUUCAGCCUGUUUAGGCCCAAGAGAAGGGAGUAGUGAGUGGAGUGAGUGGAGGAGCGAGCCAGGAUUCGAGUUGAGCUGCUACUGAGAGAGUCACACAUAGCAGAACACAUUUGCCCAGAAACAGGGAGAGUGAGGGAGAAAGUCGCGGUGGUUGUGCCAUUAAUACUAAGAAGGCCAGAGGCAGAUCGUGGGUGGAUCCGAGAGGCCAGACCAUCCUCGGGGUCGUCACUAACAUUCGUCUGUCGGGUUGGUCGUUGGGGUGGCGAGGCGAGGCUGUCGGGGGUUUGUCUCCCGUGGCGUGGUCGCCGUUUCCCAGGGCAUUUCGUGGGAGCGCUAGAUUCGCACUGAUUCACGCCGAGAUUCACAAGCGAUUCACUCGCAUUUACUCACUACUCACACUACUCACUCACUCCCGGACAGACCUACCAGCCCCAGGGUUGGCGCAAGAGUGACUGUGUGCCUCAACGACCUCCUCUUUGGUCCUCGAGUGGCGUGUCGCCGUCGAGACUGCGGCCGUCCUCGGAUUCCCAGUGAGCUAGAGAAAGCGAGAGAGAGAGAGAGAGAAAGAAAGAAAGAGAGAGGCCGAUUCCAAGACAUUUACUUCUGGUCGUGUGUCUUCAUAGGCCUGGACUGACUUCCCCUGUACCCUGCUCCGCCUCCUCGGCCUCCUAGAGCCUCCAUAUAUCUAUCCAUCUAUCUAUCUACCAACCUACCUAUCCGACUAUCUAUCUACAUAUCGGUCGAUUGUGCUCGUCGAUCGUUGAGUGGUGGCGUGUACGAGUGGAAGUCGAGGCAGAGGCAGCCACCUAGUGGAAUACUUGGCUAGGCCCCCUUCCCCCGCCAGCCAGACAGUCUUCGCCGUCGGUGUGGAUCCUAUUUAUCUGUCCCUCGCUCGUCCUCAUCCAUCCCUCCAUCCCUCCCCAGUCAACCCCUCCAACCCUUCCGACGUGUCAAACAAGACGAAACAGACACCUAGACAUAAGGAGGCCACAGAAAUCAGAGCUCAAUGGAUCCACCUACUUAAGGUCGGACUCGAGAUCAAAUCUCCAUCGUCCGCGUUGACGGCCUUGAGGCAGUGACAUUCGAGGGGCUAACCUACGGCCCAGCGGGUUCCCCGUGCCUUGGACAUCGUCACCUUUAAAAGUGAGCCUCUCGAAUUGGGUUUGCCCUGGAUGCCUACGCCUUCGAGGCCCAGUUUGGUACAUGGACCACCCCACGAUCAGGACUCGCUCCUCGUGGUGGGCGGUAAGCUAUGCAGAGAAGUGAGGAUCGGCGCAAAGAAGACGCCCGAAUUCUAAGCGGCUUGGUCGCCAAGGCGGGUGAUAACGCCGCCCCGAGUCACGCGGCCGCAGUGGCCGCCACACGUCGAGUCAGCCAGACGUCAAGUCGAACGCGUCAAAACAUGGCGGGUCAAUCGCGCACGAGUACGGGUGCUAGCUCGGUGCUCAUGGUGGGCCCUAAUUUCCGAGUGGGCAAGAAAAUCGGAUGUGGUAACUUCGGCGAGCUCCGCCUGGGCAAGAACUUGUACAAUAAUGAGCAUGUGGCCAUCAAACUGGAGCCCAUGAAAUCCAAGGCACCCCAACUUCACUUGGAGUAUCGCUUUUACAAGCAGUUGGGCAGUCAUGAGGGCAUUCCCGACAUUUAUUACUUUGGCCCCUGUGGCAAGUAUAACGCUCUGGUCAUGGAGCUCCUCGGGCCGAGUUUAGAAGAUCUCUUUGAUAUUUGUGGACGCAAGUUCUCGCUGAAGACUGUUUUGAUGAUUGCCAUUCAGUUGCUCCACCAGUUGGAGUUUGUCCACACCAAGCAUUUGAUUUAUCGUGACGUGAAACCCGAAAACUUCCUGAUCGGAAGGACAUCGAUGAAAAAGGACAAAAUCAUACACGUGGUGGAUUUUGGUUUGGCCAAAGAAUACAUCGACCCCGACACCAACAAACACAUUCCUUACAGAGAACACAAGAGCCUCACGGGCACGGCCCGAUACAUGAGCAUUAAUACUCACUUGGGCAAGGAGCAAUCCAGACGAGACGACUUAGAGGCAUUGGGACAUAUGUUCAUGUACUUCCUGCGAGGUUCCUUACCUUGGCAAGGGCUCAAAGCGGAAACCUUGAAAGAGCGUUAUCAGAAAAUCGGGGACACCAAACGGGCCACCCCCAUUGAGAAUCUGUGUGAGAACUAUCCCGAGGAGAUGGCCACAUAUUUACGUUACGUACGCCGGCUAGACUUCUUCGAGACCCCUGACUACGACUACUUGCGUAAGCUGUUCACGGACCUUUGCGAACGAAAGGGCUACGAUCCCAAUGAUGGAGAGUUCGAUUGGACUGGCCGCAACAUGUCGACGCCCGUGAACUCGGUGUCGGCCGGAGGCAACGCAGCCGGCGGCCAGGAUGUGAUUUCACCCGGGAAUCGAGAUCGUCAUCGGACCGGCAAAGAUGGGGGCAAGAGCGGUAAUGCCAACGCUUGGUCCGAGUCGAAACCCAGUGGCAUCGAUGGGCUGGGACCUCGUUUGACGAACGAGAGCCGCCACCCGUCGGUCCAGGUGGUUCGGGGCUCCACCAACAUUGACCUCUCCCGUGCGGGCAUUGACGACGACGGGAACACGGCGGAUCGCUCGAAUGCGCCCAUUAACAAUGAUGUAGAUAUCGCCGAGGAGACGAAAUGCUGUUGCUUUUUCAAGCGGAAAAUCAAGAAGAAGAAGUCGUCCGCCGCGGGAGGGAUUCGUAACAAGUGAUACACCACGACUACUACUACUACUAUACUAUUACUACUACAACUUCUACAAAAGAAAACAAAAAAAACAUCAACUGCUGAGAUUCCUGCCUAGCCAUGAAUGAGGAACAUCAAUACCUACAGCCACCAACACCACGAUUUAUACCCCAAUUGUGCGGGUGGACUUCUGUUUCAGGGAGGGGAUACUUUUUGGCCUCCUCCUUGCCCAUGUAGCUCAUCGUUUCCUCCUCCUCUCGUCCUUUUAGUAUGAUCAUCUCUAUUUCUUCAACUCCCGUCAGCUCCCAUUAGAUCUGGACGUUGUCCGCCCCAAGCCACCACGGCCGUCAAUAUACCUGUCUUGUAAUGAACUUGGAACCACUACCAACACACUUGAAAUACUUGUCGUCGAUGCUUCAUUUCUGUCAGCCAAGUUAACCGACCGCUUCUCGUUCCUGGCGACCCGCACAGCCCCUUCUCCACGAUCAACGGCCGGCCUUCCCCCGGAUUUCGAACGAUCGGAGUGAUAUUUGUAAAAGGGGCUUUUUGAAACGACGUCGAAGAAAUCAUUUAGUAUCAUUACUCACAAAUGCUACAAACAACACACGCCUCAACAAUAUCCCCAUUCCCCUCCCUUAUCCUAAUGGGUUGAAGACGAUGGUAGCGAAGAAAACAGAAAGUCACUGAAUGCCAUAAAAAUACGAACAUUUUUUAUUUGCUAGAAGCGCAAAUAUACCAUUAAUUUAUCAA